GUUCCACAGGUGCCGUGGUGAACAGCUCUGAGGAGACGCCGCUUACAGAUCACACAUCCGCUUCAACUCUUCUCACUCUUUCAUAGGGACUUCCCGCCGUGUCUCUAUAGUCGUUUUCUACCAAGCUCCGUUAUUUCGUCGAGCUCUCUCUCUCUGUGUUUCUUAAUAGACUGUCUGUCGUGGGUUUCGGCAGUAAAGUGAGGGCUUUUUUGGGGGAGGAUGGCGGCUAUCAAGGCGCUUCAGCAGUGGUGCAGGAAUCAGUGCGAGGGAUACAGAGAUGUGACCAUCAGCAACAUGAGCUCCUCUUUCAGAGAUGGACUGGCCUUCUGCGCUCUCAUCCACAAGUUCAGACCGGACCUCAUAAACUUUGAGUCUCUCUCCAAAGACAAUGUGUAUUACAACAACCGUUUGGCGUUCCGUGUGGCUGAAGAUCAUCUGGGAAUCCCAGCUCUUCUGGAUGCCGAGGACAUGGUGGCUUUGCCUGUCCCAGACAGACUCAGCAUCCUCACAUAUGUCUCACAAUACUAUAAUUACUUCCACGGCCGCUCGCCAAUCGGGGGAGUAGGAGGUAUCAAGCGGCACGCUGAGGACUCUAAGGAGGUGCCAUCAGAGAAGAAGAAUCUGCCUGUGGUUGCCAAAAACCACAAUCUUAAAACAAAUACAGAGAACCGUCCUCCUCAAAUUGAAAUGCCAAAAAAUAUCAGAGACAACCGUCCUCCAUCUACUAACAUCCAGAAAAGUGCUCCAGAGAAGCACAUUGUGCCUACUCCAGCUCGACAGACUGGCACGGACUGGCUGAAAUCUCCAGGGCAGAAAUGUGUGCCGGCACCCAUCACGCCACUCGGAGCGAGAUCUCCACAACCACACAGAGAUGCUGAGAAGAAAACCGUUUUGAUGGAGAGUUCAAAUAAAACCGGCACAUUGAAAGGUGAGUGUGCGGUUUGUGGGAACCACGUCCAUCUGGUCCAGAGACACCUGGUGGAUGGAAAACUCUACCACCGGAGCUGUUUUAAGUGUAGUGUAUGCUAUGGCACACUGAAAUCUGGGGUGUAUAAACUGGGAACGGACGCUGGCUCACUGGUCUGCAGUAUUCACCAACAUGGCCAAAAUGGCUUCAAGCCUACUGUUAAGCCUUUUAAGAGCAGUGGCUUUACGCUUGCUGAUUUGGUGCCCAAAUCUGAAAGUGGAGAUCAGCCGUCUUCGCAGCGCUACAACUCUGUAUUAUCUGCCCCCAUUAAAGCUGCGCCCAGACCGGUGGAGCUCAGUCCCGCUCCGCAGUCGUGGACCGCCUCUGCUCAGAGGACUCAGGAGGCCAGGCAGAAGUUCUUUCAGUCCAGUGGUCCAGCAGCAGAGCAUCGGCCCAACACAAGACAGCAGUCAGGCCCCUCAGAGUCCUGCACCAAUCAGAACACAAGACUGAAGUUGGAGGAGAAAGACCGAACCAGUGCCUUGACAAAUGGAAAACUACUUGAAGGAAACACAAACAACAACAAUGCGCUUAAUUCUGACCUAGCAGCGCAGAGGCAGCUAAAAAUCAGAUGCACUUCAGCUGAAGUCUCUAGCUGGAGGCAGGAGUUACACGGACGAGAUGCUACAGGAGGGAGCUCAUAUCAGGCCGUUUCAACCAGCUCUGCUAUCAGCAGUAGAGGCAUAAACUCCAGAGAAUCCCUCUACCUCAGUGCCAUCAGCAAGGAGCGUAGCAGACCUCCAUCCCUGCUGCUUUCUACCGCCAAAGCCAAAGAUGUUCAGAGCUGCGAAGCCCCAACUGACUGGAGAUCAAAGCCAAAGGCAGCUCCAAGUGGACCAAGACUCAAAUCUCCAGAUAAUGCCAAGGAUAUUCCUUUGACUUCUGGAAGAAACAAAAGUGACCAUUGUUUGACAAUGCUCCAAAAUGCUCCGGCCUCUAUAUCGAACAACUCUUGCUGCUCCAUCAAUGUUACCCCGAAGCCCAGAAGGGAGCAGCAGCAGGGUACCUGUGUUAAAAAUGGACCAGGCACAUCGCAAGUUUUCUCUGCCCCUCUCCAGCCAUUCAGUCCUGUUGUCUCAUGUUUGAGAGAGACCUGUGCUGUGCAGGGUUCUAAACCGGACUAUUCCAUCUCUUCAUCUGUCCUGCCCUCUCAGUCUUGUCAUAAACCUUCAUCUCCAAAACAACCUCGCCGCGGAUCGGCGGCAUCAUGUUACAACAAUGGAAAUAUUUCUUCCACAAAGGGCUUGCUGCAUGAAACAAGGUUGCCUACGAUGAAGCCUUGCUACAUCACAACAGAACAGAUUUCAAAAGAGUUGCAGGACAUUGAGAACAAGCUGUACGAUCUGGAGAAUGAAGGGGUGGAAUUGGAGAGAAGGCUUCGCAUUUAUGAAGAAGAGGGUCAUGGGGACCUGCUGAUGGAUCCCUUGAUGGUGGACUGGUUUAACCUGAUUCGGAAAAAACAAAGCUACAUGCGGAGAGAGUCAGAGUUGAUGUACAUAGCAAGAACUCAAGAUCUGGAGGAGCAGCAGCCUGGAGUCGAAGGAGAGCUCAGGAGAUUGAUCAAUAAACCAGAACAUGCCAAGACUUUGGAUGAGAAGAAGAGGGAAACAGAGCUAUUGAACAGACUGAUGAAGAUAGUGAAUGACAGGAACGCCAUUGUUGAAGGGCUGGAGGAAGACAGGAUAAGGGAGGAGGAAGAAGAUCAACAGUUGAAUGAGAUGAUGCAAAGACUGGGUCUUCAGAAGUUUAAAAACAAACGCAAGUCAUCCUUCUCAAGGCUGUUUAGACGAAGAAGUAAAAAAGCUUCAAUGGGAUAGUGAAGUUGAGAGCUGCUGGAGUCAACUCAUCCAGACUUUCGUUGAAGUUCAGAUUUUUCCAGGUGACACAGAUGGUUUAAACAAGUGGGAUUAGUAUAACAGUUAUGUCAGGUGACUCAGUGAGUUGGAGUUCUUGGAACAAAAUAAUGUUUUGUUCAAACACUUUUUUUUUUCUCUUAUGUUUUUUUACUUAUUUGAUUUAAGCUAAUACUAGUUCUUUUCAUUUGCUUUAAGUUUUCAACAUAUUGGUCCUAUAUGCUUCUUUUGCUUUUACUUUAAAUGCGUGGGCUAGUUUGAAUAAUUAUUGUUCAAAAACAUUUCUUUUAUUAUUUUCCUGUCUUCUUCCACCCCCUCACUUGUUCAGACAUAAACCGUAACUUAUAUUAGCAGAUAAACAAACAGAUGCCCAAGGCUGGCUGAAACGCACUACUUGACUGUGAUCCAAAAAUCUGUGUAGAGUCUUAAUUUAACCCUAACCCCUUAAAAAAAAUAAUUGAACUGCUAAAUCUAGAGGUCUUGGCGACGCAGUGCUUGCGGUGACCUGAAGGGGGCACUGUGAGCUCACAUGCAUUUGCACUGGCAGAGUUUUCCCGUUUCUUAUUUUAUAUUCCUGAGAAUGCUAAAUCAAGCUGGAGAUUAGACGGCAGAGGAUCUUGUGUGCUGGAAAGGCAUGGAUUAUUGGUUUUAUUCUCUUUUUAAGUCCUCUAACCUAGUUCAAUUAAAAGUGCACCUCGUUUAACUUAUCUACGAAAUAUAGUCUUGUCCAAAGAUGUCUUUUUACGCGGUGUUUAAAUAUGACUACAGAAUGAAUGUUUUAAGAAGUUUUUAAAAGUUCUCUUGAGAGAUGCUUACAAUUGGAUGUGCUUAUUUAUUGUACGUUUUACUUUGCAAACGAGUUCUUUAAUAAAUAUUAACGAUAUUUCUUAUACGUACCCUAAAGCAUUCCAGAGCUUUAUUUUAGAUUUUAUGUACUUCAAAUGCCAAAAACAUUAAAUGGGAAAAGCCUAUUUAUUACCCGAACUGGCCACAAUGCCCGGGUUUAUCCCGAACUUCCAGUCGGUUUCCUUCUCGUUCUGAAUUAAAACGACUCCGCGACCGUAAUUGUUGUCCCUAUCAUCGCUCUCGCUGUAAAACGGCCGUUUAUACAGCCAUCAUUUAAUAUGGGUUUUAGUAAAAUGCAUUAAGAUAAUUUACUCACAUUUAAUAUCACGCCACUGCUUACAGGCCAUCCAUCCCCAAUUUAAGAUGCAUGAAAUUGUGAUCAUGAACUUGGAACAGCAUCUCUCUCUAGCUGAGAGGAGCCGAGGAGGAUAUUGGUGCAGAACGCCACGCGUGAUGCGGGUGACAGUCGAGACUGAAUACGUGUGAUAUUAGAGUUAAUUAAAGCUUUGCGCCCCAUCUCCUGCAAACGCUCGCACUCCUGCAAUUAAGAAUCAAAGGCGAGGGCUUAGUGUCAGGGGGGUGUCUAAUACAUGGUUUUAACAGGAAUGGGACCUGAUUUGCCAGGCUCCUAGCGACAAGCAUUAACAACAGCCUCAAAUUAGGCGGACAUUAAUAUUCAUAAGUAAAACAAUUCGUCCUGUGAAUGGCUGAUGAAAUGAAAUUCUCAGGCGUCCACGCUGGCCGUGUCCAUCAAAAGAUGCCAUUACUGAUCAAGUGCUUAAUGUAUAUGAGCUGUCUGAUGAAAUUGAAGGGAUAAAGGACGCCGGGGUUCGACUUGUUUGGUAUUUCAGAACUCAAACGCACCCUCGCUAACCUCACGCAUGCGCCCCGCGCUCGUCUUUCUUUUGGUACAUAACCGAAUGGCAUUUACAUAUUUGCUUGAUCAAGGCCAGCUAAGCGCAGGUCACUAACACAAAAUGGAUUUGAAAAUGGAGUGUACUUAAGCCUUUUUUUGUGUGUUUUCGUUGGAAAGUGCGUUAAUGCGACGCGCACGGGUGCCAUCGCAAGCUUUCAGUGUAAUGCAACGCGGUUUAAUUGUUUAAUUAAAAGCAUACAUUACACACUUAUCUGACGUGCGGUUUAUUAUAAAGGUCAAACUCUGCUUGUCCAGCGGCGGCCACUGCGCUGAGCUGUUUGUUCUCUUCCCCUGUGUGUGUGUGUGUGUGUUGCAGAUAUGGUGCUAGCGCUUCUGCCACUAGCCUGUAAUUAUGAUCCUCAAGGUAAUUUUAUCAGCCUCAUUAGCUCUGAUGAGUAAACGAGAAGCGUGCUUCUAAUUUAUUAGCCAUCCAGACUGGAGCCUUGGCUCUCAUCAGACGGAUCAUAAUAUUUGUAUAGGGUAGCUGAUAUAUUCAGUGUAUCAUCCGGCCUCAGGAAAGAUUCAGAAUUAGUAAUUGCAUUCUAAAUGCUGGCCCUGCUUGGAUGGCUUCGUUUGGUCUAGAGCGAUGGUUCUCAACCUUUUUGACUCAAAGGCCCCCGGUAAGGUGUUCUUUUUCCUACAGCUAAGCUGCUUUUUAAAAAAAAUUAUUUAUUUAAUUUUUAUAAAUCAAACAUGUUUUUUAAGUGUGGUAGGAGUGGCCAUUUAUUAAAAUAUUUACAUUUCAAUUCAAUCAGUCCAGAGGUUAUAAUGCUCUUUUCUGGUUCUUUGUAAUUGGGCAAAUUUUUAUUUAAAUUAUUAGACUCACAAAUAACAAAUUAAAUGUGACACUUGGAUCACAAAACCCACCGGGGAAUAUUAAUAGCUAAAUACACAUUGUAUUGGUCAAAAUGUUUUUUUUUUUUUAUAUUUUUAUUCAUUCUUUUAUGCCGAGAAUCAUUGAUAUUAAGUAAAAUAUGUUCCAAGAAGAUAUUUAUUCCUCAUUCUAGAUUAUGAAUUCCAAAUGUUCCAAUCAUGAGUUCAAACCAUGUAUCAAUAGAAAGCUUAUUUAUUCAGCUUUCAGAUGAUGUAUAAAUCUUUAAAAAAAAAAAAAAAAAAAAAAAAGAAA